AUGCCUGGCAUUCUCCCAAUGAAGGUCAUCAAAGUCGGCACCAGCGCCCAGAGCCGCAUCGCCCAGGCCUGCGACCGCUGCCGCAGCAAAAAGAUUCGCUGCGACGGCGUCCGCCCGACCUGCUCCCAGUGUGCCAAUGUCGGCUUCGAGUGCCGCACGAGCGAUAAGCUCUCGCGCCGCGCCUUUCCGCGCGGCUACACGGAAUCGCUCGAGGAGCGCGUCCGCGCGUUGGAGACGGAGGUCCGCGAGCUCAAGGAUUUGGUAGACGAAAAGGACGAAAAGAUGGACAUGCUGUCCGCCAUGCACAAAGGCCUCCCACGCCGACUGUCGACGGCGUGGGCGUCGCCGCCGCUGCACCACGACGCAGGUAGUCAGGCAUCAAAAGAUGGAAUUCUCGACAAGGAGGACACUUUUCGCGUGCAAGCAUCACCGUUGUUACUGGGCGUGGAGAAUUCCGAUGCCUACUUUAUGGGAGCCUCCAGUGGCCGCACAUUCAUUACGGCCCUGAAGCGUAAGCUGCAAGAGAGCGGGAAGCCGUGCAGCGAAUUCAAUCCCGAGGCUUUCCUGCAUGUGCAGGGCUGCCCGCCGCUUACGCCUAACCCACCCGAGGCCUCCCUCAGAAUACCACCUCGCCUAUUCACUGAUCGAUGCGUCAAUGUCUACUUUCAGGAAUGGGCGUCGCUGUUCCCCGCUCUUCACAAGCCGACGUUUUUACGCGUCUACGAAGAGUUUGUCGCCGAUCCCGAAAAGGUCAAGUGCAACUACAAGAUUGCCCAGCUGCACCUCGUCUUCAGCCUCGCCGGGCUUUCUUCGUCGGCCCCGGAUCUGGAGCAGCUGGCCGCAUGUGAGCGACAAUGGACCCGCGCCCUCGAGGCUGUCCUCUUGGAAAAUACCAUGAGCGCGUUACAGUGUCUCGUGCUGGCGCUAUUAUACUGCUCUUUGACGGCCGACUACAGACGUCUGCAGCAUUACAAGUCAAUUGCUGUCGGGUUAGCGUACCGCCUCGGUCUUCACCAGAGCCAAAAGCGAUUCUCUUUUGGUGCGCUGACACUUGAAACGCGAAAAAAGGUCUUUUGGACAUUAUACACUGUCGAUUGUUUCUCUGCCGCCACUCUGGGUCUUCCCAAACUCCUGCGUGAGGCAAACUUGCAGGUCGAAUACCCCUCCGACACAGAUGACGAGUAUGUUACCGAAAAGGGCUUUCAACCUACUCUUCCGGGCGAGCACACGCGUUUGUCCAGUGCGCUGGCCCUCUUCCGCGCCACCCGCAUUUUAGCCAAGGUUCUCGAGAGAAACUAUCCGUCGGCCACCACCUAUGAUCUCUCGCUGCAACAAAUGGAUGCUUUGGAUACGGAGUUGGAGAGCUGGUACGAUGCGCUACCGGCGCACUUGAAGCUGCGGUUCGCGCAAGACAAGCCGUCCACUGAUAUCACUGGCAGCCGAUCUCCUCUUUUGGCCCUCGCGUACUAUUUUAUCCGCACCCUCAUAUACCGACCGGCCAUAGGCUCCGGCCUAGGAAACAAGUCGGCUCCAGCGCUCAUGUCCAUUGCGGAAUCGAGCAAACACAUCAUCCAGAUAUCGGAGCUCCUGGAGGAGCGCAACCUUUCCUUUUCCUUUUGUCUGAACAAGGGCGAUUUGCUCACGAUGAGCGCGUUGGCGCUGCUGUACCAGGUCGUGGAUCUCAAAGCCGAGAGCAAGGUGGCGCGGGACAGCCAGCGUCUUGUCAAUUCAGUGGUGGGCACCGUUGAUCGGUUGCGCUCACCCGGCUGUGUGGAUCUUCGAAGAAUCGCGAGCACACUGGUAACUGUAGAUGAACCAUCACUGCCAUCGCCCGCGUCUUCCUCGUCCAGUCCGCGUCGCUGCUCCACUUCCAAGUCGCCCGUGGCAGAGCAGCCGAGAAGGCGAAAGAGCGGAAGUGAAAGGAAUCAGCAUCAACAACUAAAGAAUCAUCAUGCCGCUACGCAGGAUAGGUCGAGACGACAGACGAUGCCGGCAUUGGUCUCGCCCGAUUCCGAACUGGAGCUGGCGCGCAGCCGCGGAUCCUUUGACAGUGUGCAGUCGGAAGGCUAUACCGGCACAGAAGACUACAUGUGCAUCUCACAACUGCCCAGCGGUAGCCAACACGCACAGCCGUCCCUGGCAACCCGACCGAACCUCGACUACCUGUCCCUGAACGCGACGCCCAACGGCUCCCGGUCACACUCCCCCGGCUCUAAGCGGCAGCUCCCACUCGACCACCAGGCUCAACUCCACCUCGCCACCAUGAUGACCAACACACAAUUUGCGAGCAAGGUGGCCGGCGUCAGCAACAAUGAGUGGGAGGCCCUGCUGGGGUCCAUGGAGGGUGGCUUGGAUAACGUGUACAAUGCGAUUUACGGUGGCGCUACGACGCUAGUAAGCGAGCCGGUGCUGGCCACGGGCAAAGCCAGCGAGUGGUCGCCGGAUUCGUGGGACCUCAGCAGCUUCAGCCUCGGCGACUUUACCGCGUCUGAAGCGCCGCAGAGCGUGCUGAGCUUGAGCGACGAGAGUUUGAGCUCUGGGGAGGAAGUCUCGCCGCCGGCCAUGGGCCAGCUGGGCGGGGGCUACCAGAAGCAGAUGCACGCGGCGGGUGGCGAGGCGUUUAACAUGGAUGGUUUGGAUGGGUAUUUGAUUUGA